AUGGCUGAAAAUACUACACCGACCGUGAGACUUUGGUACUCCCCGGGCGCAUGCUCAUUUGUUCCACAUGUGGCACUAGGCGAGGCGGGCAUCAAGGCAGAUCUCAUCCUAGCCCAAGUUGGAGCUAUGGCGGAAGAAUUUCAAGCAGUGAAUCCUAAACGCCGAGUCCCAGUGCUAGCCAUCGACGACGAAGUCAUCACCGAGAUGGCGGCGAUACUCACAGCGGUCUCCUCGCUUGCGCCAGAAUCAAAACUACUUGGGCGCACCACGUUGGAGACUAUCCGAGUAUAUGAGUGGCUGAACUACUUUUCCACAACUGCUCAUGCUCAAGCCGUAGCAUCGGUUUUCCGGACGGAAAGAUUCACCAAUGACCCAUCGACCUAUCCGGCGAUUCGGCAAAAGGGACGGGAAACGAUUCAAGAAGUCUAUGCAUUGAUUGAGGAAAAGCUGAAAGCUUCAGGAACCCAAUUUGCUGUCGGAGACUCUUUUACUGUCGCCGAUGCUUGUCUCGUCCUACUAUACCUUUGGGCGUCAAGACUGAACAUCGAAAUGGAAUAA